UGGAAUCUUUGUUAUCCAAAACAAGACAUAAUCAGAUCAGUCCCCUUCCUUAUCUCUCAGUUCGACAGAUCAAACAGUUUCAGUUUUGAGAAGUCAAACAAAGACAAUUCAGAUUGUUAUAAACCAUGAGAAUCUUGCUAUCCAAAAAGGCAUUCAGAAUCUUGACCCCACGUUUUCAAACGCUCCGGUUGACCCGCUCCUCCUUCUCAACCUCAUAUUCCGGCGGAUUCUCCGACGAUCCCGAGCCGGAAUCAUGGAGAACGAUGGAGGGUCUUCUCCGAUCUCCCGCCAAUUUCUCUCCUCUAUCCCCAAUCACGUUCUUGGAAAGAUCCGCCAAAGCUUACAGAGACCGAACAAGCGUUGUGUUUGGUUCCGUCAAGCACACUUGGUUCCAAACUUAUCAACGUUGUCUCCGUCUCGCCUCUGCUCUUACACACCUCGGAAUCUCUCCCGGCGACGUGGUUGCGGUUUUGGCGCCGAACGUUCCAGCGAUGCACGAGCUUCACUUCGCUGUUCCGAUGGCUGGUUUGAUUCUCUGUCCGCUCAAUACUCGACUCGAUACUUCAACGCUCUCUGUUUUGCUCCAACACUCUGAGGCGAAGAUCCUCUUCGUUGAUCAUCACUUACUCGAGGUUGCUCAUGGAGCUCUUGAUCUUCUUGCUAAAUCAGACAGAACAAGAAAAACACCAAAGCUUGUCUUAAUCUCUCAGUCUAACGAUGAUGAUGAUGAUGAUGAGGAUGAUGACAGAUCAUCAUCAAGCUUUGAUUCUAACCACUCUUUUGAUCACGAUUACGAAGCUCUGGUUAAAUCGGGAGACAGAGACUUCGAGGCGAUCAAACCGAGAAACGAAUGGGACCCGAUCAGUUUAAACUACACUUCGGGGACGACCUCGAGACCUAAAGGUGUAGUGUGGAGUCACAGAGGAGCUUAUCUCAACUCUCUCGCUACCGUUUUCCUUCACCAGAUGUCUGUCUCUCCUGUCUACCUAUGGACGGUACCCAUGUUUCACUGCAACGGGUGGUGUCUCAUUUGGGGAGUAGCGGCGCAAGGCGGUACGAAUAUAUGCCUCAGAAAAGUCUCUCCUAAGCUGAUCUUCAAGAACAUUGCUACACACAAAGUAACGCACAUGGGAGGAGCCCCAACGGUGCUGAACAUGAUUGUCAACUCCGCGCGUGAACCGCUUCCUCACAGGGUCGAGAUCAUGACUGGCGGGUCGCCGCCUAUGCCGCAGGUCUUGGCUAAGAUGGAAGAGUUGGGAUUCAACGUGUCUCAUCUUUACGGAUUGACAGAGACAUAUGGUCCAGGGACACACUGCGCGUGGAAGCCUGAAUGGGAUUCGCUUUCGUUGGAGGAGAGAACUAAGUUAAAGUCUAGACAAGGGGUGCAGCAUUUGGGUUUAGAAGGGCUCGAAGUGAAAGAUCCGGUGACGAUGGAGACUGUGAGUAACGAUGGUGUGACCAUGGGUGAGGUAAUGUUUAGAGGAAACACGGUGAUGAGUGGAUACUUCAAGGACUUGGAGGCAACGCGAAAAGCUUUCGAGGGGGGUUGGUUCCACAGUGGUGACCUCGCUGUUAAGCAUCCGGACGGGUACAUAGAGGUAAAAGAUCGGUUAAAAGAUGUGAUCAUAUCGGGAGGAGAAAACAUAAGCACGGUGGAAGUGGAGAGAGUUUUGUGCAGUCACCAAGCUGUUGUUGAAGCUGCUGUCGUGGCGCGUCCUGAUAAUCACUGGGGACAGACUCCUUGCGGGUUCGUGAAGCUGAAAGAGGGGAUUGAUGGUGUUGAACCAGAGGAGAUUAUUGAGUUUUGUAGAGAUCAUUUGCCUCAUUACAUGGCUCCAAAGACUAUUGUGUUCGGGGACUUGCCUAAAACCUCGACAGGGAAAGUACAGAAGUAUCUGCUGAGGAAGAGAGCCGAUGCGAUGGGUAGCUUGUGAUACACGAUUACACGUCAUCAGAGAAAUAAUAAACAAAUGGAAUGAUGGUAGAAAAAUGAAUGGAAUCACAAUGAUUUAUGUAACAUGAAUGGUAGUGUUUUUUACAGGAAUUUAGUGGAAUAUAAAUAGAA